AGCUAAUGCUCUUACAUCUUCACGAUGGGUCUUCAUAGGACUACUCGGACGAUUGAAAGUUUCUCCUCCACUUUUUAGUGUCCAACCUCCUUCAUGAAGGAAUCCAGCAAUCCCAACCGGGAAAGUGAAUCGAAGAGUUUGUUGGUUGUCAGUCAUACAAUUGAGACAUUAUUGACAGAUGUUUGAUAUCUACGUCCGAGGAAAAGACUUGUGGAAGGAUGUCCACUAUGGAAUGACCCUCGAAGAAUCUUCUGACUGUUACAGACUCAAACGAACAUGCUAACUUGAGUAACAUUAUCGGACCUGAUUUCCCAACACCGCCAUGCGGGUGUUCGAACCGAAGCUUCUGCCGGAUGUUCAUAGGUUCCGCGACACCCUGUAUCUCGCGCAGACAGAUGCGGAUGGCAGGGAACCGCCCAUGAUCAUGUCAGACUGGUGCAGCUACUUCGCGUUCGGCGUAAUCAUCGAUCUUGGAUUCCGCAGGCUUGCAAUUUGCUCUGCAGCCAGCAGUCCCAAUGUGCGCUGUACGCUGUACUAUAUCUUGCGCUAUCAUCGCCUGGGCAAUAGUAUGAUGGCAGACGCGGCGAGUAUGUCCAUAUGCGUCUUCAGUCGGUUGACCAAGGCCCGCCGUUGCUGUUCGGUCUCCUGUUUCGGUAGAUGCCACACUCAGAUUCGGAUUCCACUUCCGUCAGCCUAUGCGCGAGUCUUCUACCUCGCAACUACCUCAUGCAUACGAGAAACUGGCGUACGAAAUACGGAACGCAUCUCCCAUGGCAGCGAUAUCCGCAGCAGCCCAUUGAUGCAGCAAUGUACGUACAUUCAAACCUGCAACAAGGCGAAGCUACGCAUCUCACCAGCCGUGGCAGCAUGCCCGUACCGUCGGGUCGAGGAAGACAACAAAAUCAUAGUGGACGGCUGUGUGAUCCCAGCCGGGUGCAGCGUCGGCACAGGCAUUUAUAGUAUCCACAGCCUGCUGGAUUGCCCUCGCCAAAUACGUACCCCCCAGAACGAUGGCUGCCCAAAGCAGAGUCAAAGACACAUCAAUCUCGGCGUUAACUCGGCGGCGUACGUGCCAUUCUCGCAAGGCACGCGUGCGUGCAUCGGGCGACAUCUAGCGCAGUUGGAGCUCCAGAUGACGUUGGCAAGUAUCAUGUGGAGAGCUACGACAUGCGACGGCCAGCCACGACCGCCGCAAUGAUGAGGGCAGGGCACGCGGGGCAGGCAUUGGGCGAACGAACGCGCAGAAAUUCCAACGUUACGAGCAGAUCAUCAGCAAGAACGACGCAGAAGAUAAACCGAGUCGGCUAUUCCGCCGGAUACAAGGAGCAAUAUAGGCCG